AUGCAAAAAGCUGAAAUACCAAAUGCAUCGACCACGGGUGAUCUUGCACGCAAGAACUCAAAGCUCCCCGAUCAAUCAGUCGCAAGCUGGUGGCUCCUUGCCGGGGUAAUCUUUCUAGCGGCCUUCAUCGUUCACUUGCCUGCAUUGCCCGGUACGUUCUUCUGGGACGAUUACGACUGGGUGGUGAACAACCCCAGGGUACGUGCUCCCGAUGGUUUAUUCCGUCUCUGGUUCGAUAUCAGUCAGUACGAUUACUGGCCAAUGCACUACUCCACACAUUGGUUCGAGUGGCGACUGUGGGGCGAAUGGGCUCCGCCCUAUCGGGUGCUCAACCAACUCAUGCACAGCAUCGACUGUGUGCUGCUGUGGGUGAUUCUUCGCUGGAUGAAGGUGCCUGGAGCUUGGCUAUGUGCGAUGAUCUUCGCGGUUCAUCCCGUCAACGUCGAAUCGGUAGUCUGGAUAUCGCAACGGAAAACGGUGCAAUCGACCGGAUUUGUCUUCGCGUCUCUAUUGUUUUAUUUCCACUACUACGACAAGCAGAGCAAACGUUCGUACGCCGCCUCAAUCAUCCUGUUUCUGCUAGGACUUCUCACCAAGUCUUCCGUGGUCAUGUGGCCGUUGGCAAUGCUCGUCUGCGUGUGGUGGCGGCAACGCCGACUUGCCAUUAAAGACUUCAUUGCCUGCAGUCCCUUCCUGGUGAUUUCGUUCUGUUUGGGUCUGGUGGGGACACUGAUGCGGGGUGAACAGCUCGGGAUUGAGUAUGCCCGUCAAGAUGGUUUCCUCUCCCGCCUGGCGAUCUCGGGGGACGUCGUGUGGUUCUAUAUCUGGGAGACUGUCUGGCCGUUCGGGCUCUCAGUGGUCUACCCUCGCUGGGAGUUGGGCCAUACCGAGCCGUUAGCGUUCGUGCCCCUUCUCGCACUAGUGGCGCUGUUCGUUGUGUUCUGGAUGUAUCGAAAUACUUGGGGCGCGGCUCCCCUGGCUGGUGGAGGAUACUACUUCAUCAACCUGUUUCCCGUGCUCGGCUUCAUCGCCAUCAUGUACAUGCGAUAUUCGCUGGUUGCCGACCAUUGGCAGUACACGGCCAUGCCCGGUUUACUAGCGGUUCUUGUCGGCACUGCAACCGUGGUGUUCACCAAAUCCCCUGGCCGACUUAUGGCAGGCCGCGCGAUAGCGACUGUGAUCGUCCUGCUCUUUGCUUACGGGUCUCUAGCCCAAUCGGCCAUCUGGAGCGGUGCGGACAACGAACCCAUCUGGCGCGAUGUACUAACCAAGAACCCCAACAGUGAACUUGCUCACUUGCGAUUGGGCUUCACGCUUGCCCGACGAGGUGAAUUCCCCGAAGCUGUUUAUCAUAUUUGUGAGGCUAGCAAAUACGCAGUGCCCCCCGUGCCCUGGGGGCCCCCGCAGGUGAACGAAGAGCGCUUGGCAUAUUCUACGGGGCACAACUACGAAUCGGUGGGUCUGGAUAUGGCGAACGACAGUGUCCGUGUUGCCUAUGCGCUCGGCACCGCGAUGCAUGUGAUGGGACAAGACGACUUGGCGGUCGACUCGCUCGACGCCUGUACGAAACAGGCCCCCCAGUUCGCCGCAGGUCAUUACAAUUUCGCACAAGUUCUCGACCAAAUUGGUUAUCCCGCCGAAGCCGAGGCGUCUCGGCGAAACGCCGACUAUCUUCUAGGUGCUUCGCGGCAGGUUGCCAUUCGAGUGGUCGGAGUGCUCCUUGGUCUCUUUCUGGGAGUACUUGUCGCCGAAGCUGGGCUGCGAGUUUUUGAUGUCCGACCUGAACGUUAUCCGCCACCAAUUUGGUUUGGGUGGAAUGGCUCUGAGUUUCAGCGCCUGGCCAGCUUCGGUGGAUGGGGGAAAGGGGUCUACAAGAACUACAGUCGCUUCGAGAACCUCGGCGUCAAAAUGGGAGAGCAUAUUCCCGGAACUCGCUUCCGAGUGGAAUAUGCCACCAAUCCCAGGGGAUAUUUCGACGACAAUAACGGCAUCACCUACAACAUCAACUCUCACGGUCUGCAUGGACCCGAACUGACAAAAGAAAAGCCCACAGGCACCUUCCGCAUUUUGGGUAUCGGCGAUUCCUUCACUUUUGGGCAAGGCGUGAAGGAAGAAGACACGUUCCUUCGUCGGCUCGAUGUCAGCUUGAAUGACAAUCCUGAGAUCACCAAGGUGGUCGAAGUGAUGAACGCCGGCGUGCUCGGCUACAACACCCGCGAUGAAGUUCUCUACCUCGAACAUCAGUGGCUCGAGUACGAUCCCGACCUAGUCCUUAUCUCGUUCUAUCUCAACGAUGCUUAUUCAGACUAUACCUUCGUCAACAACGGACAGGGGUUAGGCAUCUACUUCACCCCUGAGGGGCUCGCCAAACACAGCUACCUCGUCGAUCUCGUGCAACACGUCAGUCGUGCGCACAAGAUGCAGCAAGAUCUUGAGUCGUAUUAUCGCAAGCAUUACUUCGCAGCAGCAGGCGAAGUCUUAUCCCAACCCGGCAAAAUCGAUGUUGAUUGGACCGUCUCGCGAGCUGCCUUAGAACGGGCCGCCGAACUUGCGAAGGAGCAUGACUUUCGCGUGGCAUUGAUCAUCUUCCCUGAGUUCUACCAGUUGGACGAUCGCUACCCCUUCUUCGAGAUUCAUGAGUUAGUUCGCGAGACGGGCGAAUCGCUCUCCAUGCCGGUGCUCGAUUUGAUGACCAUCUACCGUGGGCGAGUAGACCGAAUGAAGAAGCCAGCGUUGACGAAUCUGUGGCGAAAAUUACUCCUAGCGGUGGCCAGUUUCUGCGCUGCCUUACUCGUCAUGGAAGUCGUGUUUCGCAUUGCCGAUAUCCACGGCAAUUAUCAUAAGGCUCACGCUCACAAAUGCAUUAGAGAUCCACAAGACCCGAUUAGAUGGGCGCGAUUCGGUUAUAUCCCGCUAUCCACCCACCGCACCUACUACCAUACAGAUCCUCGCGGUUACUUCGGUCCAAGCACCGCAGUCGAUCACCACUUCAAUUCAGCCGGUUGGCGCGACGAAGAACAUUCGAUUGCCAAGCCCUCGGGCGAAUACCGGAUCUUGGGUCUCGGCGACAGCUACCUGAUGGGGCAGGGCGUUCAUGCGGAAGAUGCCUUCUUCUCGCAGCUCGAAACACUCCUCAAUCAGGCCGGCCUCCCCUCAGAGAUAGAAACCAUCAACACCGGAAUCUCGGGCAACAACACAGUGCACCAAGCGCAAAUGUUGCUGAGCCGAGGCUUGGCAUACGAUCCCGAUCUCGUCAUCGUCAAUUUCGUCCCGAACGAUGUCGAGCAGAACCUGGAAAGCGAUGAGCCCCUAAUCGAAUUCUACCGAAACUACACGCGAAUCACUCAACAGCCCGAUUGGCUUUCGAACUAUUCUUAUCUGUGGUCCUGGGCACGACAACGCAUCUUGCAGCAAGUCGUCGCUCGCCGCUACAUCAACGAAAGCCUCGCCUCCUUCGAUCGCACGAGCGAGAAAUGGAACGUGUGCCGCAACGCGCUUUUAAAAAUCGUUGAAACCUGCCGGCAAGACAAUAUCCCGCUGAUGGUCGCGGUCUUCCCUUUCUUUCACGAACUAAACGGCGAUUACCCCUUCCAGCCCGUGCACGAUCGGGUCGAUAACUUCUGCCAUGAGAACCAAGUGCCGGUGUUAGACUUGCGAGAAGUCUACCGUGACUAUUCCGGUCCUGAAUUAUGGGUCCAUCCCACCGAUCAACACCCCAACGAAAUCGCUCAUCGUCUGGCCGCCGAAGCAAUGGCCGCGUUCAUUCUCACGCAUCGCGAAGACUUUCAGAUCGACGAGCGACCUUCGCCUUCUCACGAAGCGGAAGAAGAGCCGCAGCUUCAAGCGAUGGCUCGUAUCUACCAGCUUGAUGGAGUCGUCGAUCCCAAAGAGAAAUUCCUUUCCUUCGAGGGCAUCCCCUUGCCCGAUGGCGAUCUGCGGCUGAUGGAGUCGUACUGGGCGCAUCUACCAGACAUCAACUGGCUUUCACUACGAAAAACAAGUGUCAGUGAUUCAAGCCUGCCGAUGCUGCUCGAGAAGCGUGACUGGGUCGGCAUCGAUUUGUCGUUCACCCAGGUCACCUCCGACGGCGUUAGCAAGCUCGCACCGCUGCAGCAACUCAACCAGCUCGGCCUGGAGCAAACAAACGUCGAUGACGUCGCGAUCAAACCGUUCGCCGAUCAUCCUUCGUUACAAGUGAUCAACCUGGCCUCCACGCAUGUGACCAACGCGCCCUGGCAAUUUCCAGUGACCAACUAA